CGGCGCAGCGGAAGUGACGACUGCUUUGUGUGUCGCGCUGUGGGUGCUGGUGGUUGGUUUUGCGGUAGUUCCAUCCAAAGCCGUGAACGAUGUCCAUAGAAAUCGAGUCUUCGGACGUCAUACGUCUUAUUAUGCAGUACCUGAAAGAAAACAGCCUGCAUCGUACUUUGGCAACCCUGCAAGAGGAAACUACCGUGUCUUUGAACACAGUGGACAGUAUAGAGAGCUUUGUGGCUGAUAUUAACAGUGGGCAUUGGGAUACAGUCCUGCAGGCCAUCCAGUCACUGAAACUGCCAGACAAAACCCUCAUUGACCUCUAUGAGCAGGUUGUCUUAGAACUGAUUGAACUUCGUGAGUUGGGAGCUGCCAGAUCUCUCCUGAGACAGACAGAUCCCAUGAUCAUGUUGAAGCAAACGCAGCCAGAAAGAUACAUUCAUCUGGAAAACCUUCUGGCCAGGUCUUAUUUUGACCCUCGUGAGGCAUAUCCUGAUGGCAGCAGCAAAGAGAAAAGGAGAACAGCCAUAGCCCAGGCUUUGGCUGGUGAAGUGAGCGUGGUACCCCCAUCUCGUCUCAUGGCUUUACUCGGACAGGCACUAAAGUGGCAGCAGCAUCAGGGUCUUCUGCCUCCCGGUAUGACGAUUGAUUUGUUUAGAGGUAAAGCAGCAGUGAAGGAUGUAGAGGAGGAGAAGUUCCCCACGCAGCUGAGCAGGCAUAUUAAGUUUGGUCAGAAAUCUCAUGUAGAGUGUGCACGCUUUUCCCCGGAUGGUCAGUACUUGGUGACUGGCUCAGUUGAUGGAUUUAUUGAAGUAUGGAACUUCACCACAGGAAAAAUCAGAAAGGAUCUGAAAUACCAGGCUCAGGAUAACUUUAUGAUGAUGGAUGAUGCUGUGUUGUGCAUGUGCUUCAGCAGGGAUACUGAAAUGUUAGCAACUGGUGCACAAGAUGGUAAAAUCAAGGUGUGGAAGAUCCAGAGCGGCCAGUGUUUAAGGCGAUUUGAGCGUGCUCAUAGUAAAGGUGUCACGUGUCUCAGCUUCUCUAAGGAUAGCAGCCAGAUCCUUAGUGCUUCUUUUGACCAAACUAUAAGGAUUCACGGCCUGAAAUCUGGAAAAACCCUGAAGGAAUUUAGAGGCCAUUCCUCCUUUGUAAAUGAAGCCACAUUUACACAAGAUGGUCACUAUAUCAUCAGUGCUUCUUCUGAUGGAACAGUAAAGAUGUGGAACAUGAAGACUACUGAAUGUUCGAACACAUUUAAAUCCCUCGGUAGCACAGCUGGGACAGACAUCACGGUCAAUAGUGUCAAUCUUCUGCCAAAAAAUCCGGAGCAUUUCGUUGUGUGUAACAGAUCUAACACCGUGGUAAUUAUGAACAUGCAAGGGCAGAUUGUAAGAAGCUUUAGCUCUGGUAAGAGAGAAGGUGGUGACUUUGUAUGCUGUACCUUGUCACCCAGAGGAGAGUGGAUCUACUGCGUUGGAGAGGACUUUGUGCUCUAUUGUUUCAGCACGGUGACGGGCAAGCUAGAGAGAACACUGACUGUUCAUGAAAAGGACGUAAUAGGAAUUGCCCAUCACCCUCACCAGAAUUUAAUUGCUACCUACAGUGAAGAUGGACUCCUGAAACUGUGGAAACCAUAGUGAUAUAGUAUAAUUUUUAUAUUUUCUAGUUUUGUCUUGGUGUAACAUGUGAUGUGUUUUCCCUUUCCGGUUUGGCCACAGUAAUGCGGAUAGCCAAGAUUAUUUUAAUCAUUUUAUUUAGAUUUUUUUCUCUACAAAUCUAAGGAAAAGCUUGCUUUUUCACUUCUAAAACAUGAGCAUUUCUGUUUCAUUAAAGUCACGCUGAACUAAAUGAUGCAUACAAAUUAUUCAUUUGCAACUACAACCUACAAAACUAUAAUCUGCAUGCGCAGGCAAAUGUUGUGUAUGUUUACCACCGCCAUGUACUUCGUUGUUCUAAGAUAAUUGCGUCCUUGAGGAGCUUCCCAGAUUUACAGCAACAUUCAUGGCAGGAGUGCAGUAUGGCUAUCAAUAUACAACAUUGUUUUGUCUCCUUGCCGUUUGGGAGUGACCCCGUGAUGGCUAAAUUCUGCAGGACACUUUAUGGCAAGAGAAGCUUAGCGUUUUGUAGAAAUCGCAUAAUGGCAUAAUUAAAGUCAUUCAGGGCCGAGCAGCGAUUGGCUCUGGGAUGUGGGACUCAUGUGUUGUAAGUAUUUGAUUAAAAUUUGAUACAAAUGUUC